AUGCAGAUACUUGUCCACCAGGUUACCUUGAGCCAGAUCGGCCCCAUACCCAUCGUCUGGGCCUGGGCCCCUUCGGGGGCACAGCAGCAACAACAACAACAACAGCAUCAACAGCAACAGCAGCAGCAGCAAGAGGCCGCUCCGGCUGUAAAGAUUGCUAACAAUAGAGCAGCCCGGAACGCUCCCGUACAUUAUCUUCAACAGCAUACAAAGCCAGCAGGACGAAUCGAGACGAUCGAAUAUUGUGAAAGGAGCAUGCGAAAUUGGAGGCGGCCAAUCAUCCCCGUGUCAAAUCAGCAGGCGCUGGCUGCUGUUGAUCAAGGUGGCCCUAAUGUUGCCAUGGAAGGACAGGCGACGCCAACGAGCCAGACCCAGGACGGCGAUAGGGAUAAAGAUGACCAAGAGCAAGGGGCACUGUUGGUAGAAGCUUAA